UGUACUUCUACUCGUUUCACAUUGUAGAUGUUGCACCAAAGCGAGUAUUUGAUUACACAGGGAUGCGUUCAGGAAUUACGCUCGGAUAACCCAGGCUAAUUUACGUUAUACUAUAUUACGUAUACUAUAAUAAAAGAGUACAUUAGAAUUAUCUGGGCGCAAUUCCUGAACGCACCCUAGAAUGCAAUAUUUUUCUUCCCCCGUUUUCUCGACAUUUAAUCAUUUUUACAAAUAUAUAUGAUAUAGACUCUAGUCUAAAUCGUAAAAUAUGACAGAGACGAAUCGUUGGACGUUGUUUGAUAUGCAUCCCAUAUGCGAUAUUUAUAGAUUUAUAAAUUUACUAGUAUGCAAUAAAUGUUCGAGCGAAACUUUCUAGCGAUGUCAAUUAUAUCGCGAACGUUGAGCAAACACGCUCAAUGUGAUUCGCGUUAUCAUUUGCGAAUCUCUAAGGCGGUGUCAGUCACGCGUAGUAGUAUACCUGUAAUGAUACAUUAUUAUAGGAACACUACGCGAUAGUGCUCCGAGAAAUCAUUCAUAAGCAUCUUAUAAAUAAAUCUGAAUCUUCAAGUUAACCAGAGUAGAUUCGAACAUCGAGAUUAUUGAAUAUUGCAUUUAUAAAAUGGACGUCAAUGCCAAAUGUACAAUCCUAGUGACUGGAUUUGGUCCAUUCAGUACACACACAGUGAACGCCAGCUGGGAGGCGGUGAAGGAAUUGCAGGAACUGUGGAAGAAUUCUGUGGAAUUUUCCGACGUUAAAUUGGUUGUUGAAAAAAUUCCAGUUUCGUACAAUUACGUAUCUGAUCAUAUUCCUCAGCUCUGGAAGAAACACAAUCCUUCGAUUGUCCUACAUGUGGGUGUAUCACAUGAAGCUAAAUCUUUAACGAUAGAGCAACAUGCUUACAGCAAUGGCUACAACAGAUUCGAUAUAUAUAAUAAAUGCCCUGAUGAAACAGAUGUCGAGUGUAAAGUUUUGAAAACUGAGAUAGAUGUUAGAGAACUUUGCAAUAAUGUGAAUGAAAGCUUCAAAAGAAGCGGAUGCAAAUCUUGUCUGUCGGACAAUGCUGGCAGAUAUCUGUGUGAAUAUAUAUUUUAUCAAUCACUCUGUAUUGAGCCAACAAAGACUCUGUUUGUGCACGUUCCAGAUUUUGACAAAUAUCCUAGUAAACAAACUGCGAACGGUUUAUAUGAAAUUUUGUGUUACUUAAUAAGAAAUUUGGAAUUGAGUUAACAUUUUUAAUCUAAGCUGUUAAGUGAUUAAU